AUGUCCAAACUUGUGGUAGAAAUCCCAAGACCAGAUGGUUCCAAAAAGGUUGAUGAGACUCAAAAUGCAUUUGCUGCAUUAAAGGCAAACAUGAAAGGAUCUAAAAAGUUUGAGGAGGAGAAGAAAGUUUUGAUGGAAAAAGAAGAGCAGGGAGUACAAUAUCCUCUAGAUCUUCCAGCAGUCAGGGAGGAAAUCAAAUCCUUCUACUCUGAAGAUGAUCCUGAAAAGAGGAAACUCCCAUCUGUUCAAGGUUAUCCUUUGCCAAGAAAUAUAGAAGAAUAUCUCAAAAUAAAGGCCCAACAAGUAGAGGAUAUAUCUAAAAGAGAUACAGAGGGAAAGUCUGACAAAGAGAUUCAAACAAAUUAUCAAUAUAUGCUCAGUAAAGUUAGAACUUUAGAGCAGUUCUCAAAAGUCUUUUGUCAGAAAUUAUCAGAAAAAUAUGAUGAAAGCAUGAGAAAUUACUAUCUUGAAUACAUAAUAGCAUACAAGAAGUACAGGGCAGAAAAGUAUCAAUACAAAGAAUGGACCAUCAGUGAACUACAAGAGGAGACAGUCAGAAUUCAAAAGAUGAUUCAAGACAACGUAAAGCAAACUCCUCCGGUUUGGGCCAAUUACAAGAAAAAUGUUACAAGGUGGAGAGAAGAAAAGGUGUUUGCUACCUACAAAAAGUUGGAAGAGUUAAGGAAGAGAGAUCCCACUGCUCCUAAAAAGCCUGAUUAUCCGGAAGCAGUGGUUCCAGUGAAACAACAAAAAUUGCCAAUCAGGAGACCCACUGCUCCACAUGGUAGCAUUCUUUAUCAAAGAAGUAAAAAAAAAAAGCAGAUGGAUGAAUUAACAAAAGAAGACAAGGCCCAAGAAGAUUACAUCAUCAAAAUGGUUCUUCAGACAUUUACAGAAGAGAAACAAGACUCAGCAGAAUCUAAACUUUAA